UGCAACACAACUGAAUAACCUGCAUCAUGUCCGAAAAACCAAUUUGCAUUGCUGACUUUGAACAACAUGCUAAGAAAUGUCUUCAAAAAUCUGUGUAUGACUACUAUAAGUCUGGGGCUGAUGAUCAGCAGACCUUAGCUGAAAAUGUAGCUGCAUUUUCAAGAUUAAGACUGUACCCCCGGAUGCUGAGGAAUGUGUCUGCUCUGGACCUCUCGACUUCUAUCUUGGGCCAGAGAGUCAGCAUGCCAAUAUGUGCUGCAGCAACUGCCAUGCAGCGCAUGGCUCAUACGGAUGGUGAAAUUGCUACUGCCAGAGCUUGCAGAUCAAUGGAGACGGGGAUGAUGCUGAGUUCAUGGUCUACAUCAUCUAUAGAAGACGUGGCUCAGGCAGCUGCAAAGACAAUUUGUUGGUUGCAGCUCUAUAUAUAUAAGGACCGUGAAGUCACCAGGUCCUUAGUGAUGCGUGCAGAGAAAGCUGGAUACAAAGGCAUCUUUGUGACUGUGGAUACUCCAUUUCUUGGGAAACGCUUAGAUGAUAUACGCAACAAAUUUCAGCUUCCUCCACAUCUCAGAAUGAAAAAUUUUGAAACAAAUGACCUGGCAUUUUCAUCAGAGAAGGGCUAUGGUGAAAACAGUGGCCUGUCUGUUUAUGUAGCAGAGGCAAUUGAUCCAUCAAUCAACUGGGAGGAUAUGAAGUGGCUCAGAGGACUGACUUCACUGCCAAUUGUCGCUAAAGGCAUCCUCAGAGCUGAUGAUGCUAGAGAAGCAGUGAAGCAUGGCAUAAAUGGGAUCCUGGUGUCGAAUCAUGGUGCGCGCCAGUUGGAUGGAGUUCCAGCCACUAUUGAGGUCCUGCCUGAGAUAAUCGAAGCUGUGGAAGGAAAGGUUGAGGUAUUCCUAGAUGGUGGAAUAAGAAAAGGCACAGAUGUCCUCAAGGCCCUUGCCCUUGGAGCCAGAGCUGUGUUUGUAGGAAGGCCUAUAAUCUGGGGAUUGGCCUAUAAGGGUGAAGAAGGUGUGAAGGAAGUUCUUCAGAUAUUGAAAGAAGAGUUCCAGUUAGCAAUGGCACUUUCGGGCUGUCAGAGUGUGGAAGCAAUAGACAGAACAUUGGUACGGAGAGAUCAAUGGGCUGCCUCCAAGAUCUAGCUGUGUUUGCUGCCUCAGCUGAAGCUAGUCUAAUUGGUUGCAAAUUAUUUGUCUUUCCUGUCGGGAAUGGAAAUUGCACAGUGAAUUUAAACUUUAGUUAUAAUUAUAAUAAAAGUGUACAUGCAGGGUUUUUUAAUUACUUGCAAAAAUGGCAUGUUAUACAUUUUGUCUUUCAAUUAAUUUUUGAACAGAAGCUUUAAAAAGUGUACAUGCUGCAGUGUUAUACUUUUCUAAUUAAGGAGUCAAAUUUAAGUUUAAAUUUUACUGGACUGUUGAAGAGGGCAUUUUAUUUGUCUUAUUCGUAACCUGUUUUGCAAUGCUAAUUUCACACACCUGGGAGUUAACCCUACUGAAUUCAGUUGGACUUACUUUUGAGUAAGCACGGUUAGGAUUGUGCUGAAAAUCAAUGGGACUUUUGAGUGAACAUAGAAAAGGAUUAUGUUGUAAAUCUUUCUCUCCCCUCCAAUCCUUUAUUUUUUUUAGCCAGGGCUUACUUAGGUAUCACUGCUUUUGUCAGGAGACUAAUACUUUUUUUAAAAAAAAUGUUCUGCAGUGGCUAACUGGUUUUGGCAAUAAACUAUUAUAUGGGGUGUA